UUGAAAGCAAAGAUCUCAUGAGUUUACCUGCAACAAUUGCAAUUCAUGAAAAAUUUCUGAAGAGGUAUCAUAAUCCAAAUGAGUCAAUUAUGGUUUCCAUGUUUGGUUUUUUGAGGAAGUUCAUUGGAAAAAAAAAGAAUGACGACGGUGGAGGACGAUCAGAAGCCGAAGAGAAAAUGUACUCAUGGAUAUACACUUUGGCUCAAGCCAAUAAAGACUUGGUUUUUGAGUAUGUCAAGUCUACAGAAAGAGGGUUGAGUUUCAAGGAAGCAGAAAGGAGACUGAGGGAAGGCGGCCCAAACAUUCCCCUCGAUCUUGUUUUCCCAAGUUGGUGGCAGCUCUUCUGGAAAGCUUUCUUACAUCCUUUCAAUAUCAUCCUAAUAGUUAUGUCGACCCUGUCAUACAUAGCACAGGAUUUUGCCAAUGGAAGCAUCAUGCUCACGCUAGUCUUUGUCAGUGUAGGAGUUCGAUUGAGCCAGGAAUAUGGCAGCUCAAGAGCUGCUAGGCAGCUUUCAGAACUUCUAAAUUCACCUAUCAGGGUUCAGAGAUGUGCCGGCAGAGUUGUUCAGACAGAAUUGAUAGUUCAAAUUGAUCAAAGAGACAUAGUUCCUGGCGAUAUAAUAAUUUUUGGCCCCGGAGAUCUCUUUCCUGGUGAUAUAAGGUUAUUAACAUCCAAAGAUCUAAUUGUAAGUCAAUCUUCAUUAACAGGAGAGUCGGGAACAAUUGAAAAAGUAGCUGAUACUCAAGAAAAUAGAACCACUCCUUUACUAGAUCUAAAGAAUAUAUGUUUAAUGGGAACAAGUGUAGUGUCCGGGUGUGGCACUGGAUUGGUGAUAUCCACAGGUUCUAAUACUUACAUGAGUACGAUUUUUUCUACUCUUCAGAAAAAGAAACACCUUGAUGUUUUCGAAAAGGGUAUUCGGCAUGUAUCAUAUGCACUUAUUGGCAUAAUGGUAGUGGUUGUGCCAGUUAUAAUAAUUUCGGAUUAUUAUUCGUCUUAUAAUUGGAGUGAGAGUGUUAUAUUUGGAAUAGCUGUGGCAGUGGCUUUGACUCCACAGAUGUUCCCACUUAUUGUAAAUACAAGUCUUGCAAAAGGAUCUAUUGCAAUGGCUAGAUGCAGCUGCAUAGUUAAGAGUUUAUCGGCAAUUCGAAGCAUGGGAGAGAUGAGCAUACUAUGUAUCGAUAAGACUGGAACUCUCACAAUGGAUAGGGUUAUAAUGGUUCAUCAUCUUGAUGGCUGGGGAUUUCCCAACCAGCAAGUUCUAAAGUUUGCAUUUCUGAAUUCUUUCUUCCAAGCUGAGCUGAAAGGUCCAAUUGAUGAUGCAAUUCUUGCAUAUGUUUAUACCAGAGGAUACAGAUUUCAAUCAUCCAUGUGGAAGAAAGUCGAUGAGAUACCUUUUGAUUUUACCAGGAGAAGAACGACGGUUAUUGCUGAAACAUGUUCAGAUUCCAUAGAUGAGGAGAAUUUCCAUGACACAAGAUACAUAAUAACAAAAGGAGCACUUGAAGAAGUUCUAAACAUCUGCAACUCAAUUGAGAUUAUUGAUGGAGGUUCAACACCACCUCUGACCUUGGAAGACAGAACAAGGAUUCUUCAAAUGAGCACAACAUUGAGUAAUGAUGGACUGCGAGUUCUUGGAGUAGCAAUAAGAAAAAUAACAAAGAAAAAUGGUGUUACAGUCACUGAUAAGAAAAGAAUUGAAGCAGACAUGGUUUUCCUUGGCCUUAUUUCUUUCUUUGACCCACCAAAAGACUCAGCUAAACAGGCUCUUUGGGGAUUAGCAGAAAAAGGAGUUAUUGCAAAAGUACUAACUGGUGACUCACUCACCUUGGCCAUGAAGGUAUGCGAAGAAGUUGGUAUCAAGACAACCCAUGUCAUCACUGGACCAGAACUUGAACUUCUUGACAACUAUGAGCUCCAUGAGACCAUCCAAAGAGCUACCGUUCUUGCUAGACUUUCUCCUUUACAGAAGCAACAAGUGGUGCAAUCACUGCAAACACAAGGAAAUCAUGUUGUUGGUUACUUAGGUGAUGGAAUAAAUGACUCCUUAGCUUUGGAUGCAGCUGAUGUUGGAAUCUCAGUAGACUCUGGAGCAUCAGCAGCCAAGGACUUAGCAGACAUUAUUCUACUCAAGAAAGACUUGAAUGUCCUUGUAUCUGGUGUAGAACUUGGCAGGUUAACAUAUGGGAACAUAAUGAAGUACAUUAAGAUGUCUUUGGUUGCAAAUGUUGGCAGUAUCAUUUCACUCCUUACUGCAACCAUAAUCCUAAAGUUUGAGCCACUGAGUCCUAGUCAGUUGCUAAUACAAAAUUUCUUAUACAACCUUGGCCAAAUUGCAAUCCCCUGGGACAAAAUGGAAGAAAGAUACAUGAAGGCCCCUCAGCAUUGGUCUUCUAAGAAAUUACCAGUGUUCAUGGUAUGGAAUGGGGUGGUUUGUUCUAUAUUUGACAUGAUUACUUUAUUCUUUCUCUGGUUUUACUAUGGUGCAUACACAAUUUCAGCAUCUAAGUUCUUCCAUUCAGCUUGGUUUGUUGAGGGCCUCAUCAUGCAGUCACUUAUUAUCCACAUGAUUAGGACUGAAAAGAUCCCAUUUGUGCAGGACAUGGCAUCAAGUCGUAUCAUUUUGUCGACAUGCUUGGUUUCUGCUUUAGCCAUUAUAAUCCCGUUUACUGCUGUUGGAACGGCUAUGGGAUUGACUACUCUUCCAUUGUCUUAUUUUGGGUUUCUAGUGGUGCUUUUUCUUGGAUACUUAUUUUUUGGACAAAUUGCUAAGAGAGCGUACAUUAUGAUUUUUGAUCAAUGGCUCUAAAGUUAUAUGGAACUCAAUUCUUUUGUUCUUUUUUUUUCAUUCCGGAAGGAAUGAGCAUGAGAGUUCCUAAACAUUGUGGUUGUUUACACAUGUAUAAAGUAGCCAACUAUCUAUAUGAUACA